AUGUCGCUGCGAAAGAGUAGCGCACAGCGGCGGCUGGGCACGCCAGUGUCACCCUUUAGCCCGGGCAAGGGUUUUCGGCCCAACAACGACAAGCUCGAAAAGGAGGCGCGUCGUCGCUCCGUGGCUCGGGAUCUGGCCGAGAAGCAGUUCUUGGCCAGCCCAUAUCGCUCCCCGCGCGUCGUCUCCUCAAAGUCGUCCAGCAAAGCACCUGGAAACCGCAGUGAUGAGAACGUGCCCUCGGACAUCACAGACAUCUACGCCAACUGCAUCAAGCUGUGCACUGAAAACAAAGUCAACCAGAAAAACACUUGGCAGUUGCCUCUGAUUGACUACAUGAAUGAUGUGAUGCAGACGCGCCACGGCGAGAUGACCAACUUUCAGAUUGCUAGCUGCACCCUGGACGCUAGUGUCAAGAUUUACUCUUACCGUAUCGACUCCAUCCACAGUGAGGCCUACAAGGUUCUCGGUGGUAUUGCUCGCGGCGAGACUCGCGGUGACGAUGACGAGGAGGAUGCCGACCUCGAGGAUGGCCAAGGUGGCGAGGAGGGCGAAAACGCCAAAAAGCGCCGCAAGAAGCGGGCCACCAACACGCUCGAGAAAAACCCCCAGGUCCUCAACGUCAAGAAGUUUGACCUGGCCUUUGAUGUAGACCCGCUUUUCAAGCACAUGUCGGCCGCUUUUGAUGAAGGCGGUGCCCGUGGCCUUUUGCUCAAUCACCUCAACACGCGCGACGAUGGCGCCCUCCUGUUUGACUCUCAUGAUACGGCUCAGCCAGAGGCCACCGACCCCGUAGUGGCAGCGACUGAAGCCGCCGUGGACGAGCUCCUGUUGGCCUCGGAGGAAAUGCUGGCCAAUCUGGAAGGCAAGGCCAUUUGCCCGAGCUUGGGUGGCUUCAACUUUGUUGGAUGGGAGCCGUCCGAUGACCUAGACACCAGCAAUGUGUCAACCUCCGCUUUGGUACAAGCCCAGGCGCGUGCAGGCCCUGCCGUGGCAGACCUCAGUCUGAACAUGGAUGUUGAGGGCGGCUUUGGCAACCUGGACUCGGACGAUGACGUUGAGUUUGAUCAGUAUGAACAACAACUCGGCGCCUACGACGAGGAUGGUUUGGCUGUCAGUGCCGACUCCCCCCAGCCCCAUGGAGGCAUGGCCCGUGCCCUCAAGCUGUCACUCGACAUUAACAACGACUACUCUUACUUUUCCGAGGAGCAGCUCAAGAACUGGGCAGGCCCUUCACAUUGGCGCCCACGUGUCGCUGCUGGCGCCAUCAAGGGCGCCAAGCCCAAAGCUACCAAAAAGAAGGAGCGCUUCUACAUUGACUUUACCGAGGAGGAGCCCAAUUGGAAGACUGCCUUUGCAAAGGGCAAGGCGUCGACCAUGUUGUCGGCAACGACGCUGAAGAAAAAGACCGAGGACGAGCUGUUGCUACCCGAGGACAAGCACUUUAAACUCGACUUUUUCCAGCGCUUGUUUGGCAAGCCCAACACCCUGGUCAAACCCGUGGCGGCUGCCAGUGCCGCUUGUUUGGCCGACGCAGCCGGUGGGGACAAUUGGUACGACUACAACAACCCCAAUGACAUGAACAACUUCUGCGGCGCUGGAGUUGACGGAGGCGACCUUGUCAAUGCCGGCUUGGGUGGCGUGGCCGACGACGAUGACGAUGACGACGUGGAUCUUGGCGACUUUGCACCGGCAGGGGAUGCUGAGCCGUUUGCGUUUGGCGAGAACACGUUGUUGGAUGACACCAUGAUGCCGUUGAACCAGACGCGCAUGAUGGGCACCAAUGGCCUCACACUGAUUGACCAGCCCAACAAGGUGGGCAAGAUUGCCAUCGAUUACGCCAAGCAAGCCAAGCGCGUCAACGUCAAGGCGUUGAAACGUUCCAUCUGGACCCAACUGACGGAUGGAACGGAGACGCCAACGCCAUUGGAAACGCCCGUGGCCACUGGCGCCCCGCUCACCGACCUCAGCCGUCACCAUGCACUUUCGGAGCUUGUUUCUGACGUUCCCCAGACGUUACCCUCCAAGACCGCUUCCAACCUGUCGGUGCCCAUCAUGUUUGUGUGCUUGCUGCAUUUGGCCAACGAGAAGCACCUCAAGCUCAGCACGGGAGACAUGAUGCAGGAUUUGCACAUUGCCCAGGCUUAA